AUGCCAAGAGGAAAGAAAACUGUUGUUCCAACCGAGACAGAGCUGAUGCGUCAAGCUAUCACCAAUCUGCAGGAGCAGAUGCGUACUAUGACCACUGCAAUUCAAGCAAUUGCAGGACAGCGACCGCCACCACCAGCGGAAGAGCGUGACGAGCGAGUGGAAAACACUGAUGAUGAAUCAGACAUUGAGGAAAACCCAUUUGCAGCGUUACGUAAUCAACGCGGCAGAGUUCGUGAUGCCGACGAUUAUCGCUGGGAAAGUGCAUUCAAAUUGGAAAUCCCAGAAUUUCAUGGUGGUCAACUUGCAGAGGAAUUAUUGGACUGGAUUGUCACCGUCGAAGAAAUCUUGGAGUUCAAGCGUGUUCCGCUUGAGCGUUGUGUUCCCGUCAUUGCGAUGCGAUUUCGCAAUCAUGCUGCUGCAUGGUGGACUCAAUUAAAGCUCUCUCGAGCUCGUUUGGGUAAACCUAAGAUCAUGGAUUGGGAAAAGCUCAAGUCAAAGAUGCGCAAAACCUUCCUCCCAUACAAUUAUGACCAAAUUAUGUACCAGCGACUACAUCAUCUUCGACAAGGGAAUCGCUCUGUUGAAGAGUACUCUACCGAAUUUUUUCAGCAGCAAGCCCUCACGGUCGAAGCUCAGACGCGUAACAAGUUCUUUCCUUGGAGUUCUUCUCGCUCGAAUCGUCCGACAUCUUCUUCAAACGUUUCAACCGUGCCGAGUGACUCCACGCCAACCUCGAAAGACUCGACUUUACCUCCAGCGGAUACAGCUCGCAUUAACCGCUCGAGCACCCUUCGAUGCUUCUCUUGUGGCGAGCCAGGUCAUCGACAGUCUGCGUGCCCAACGCGUUAUCGUCGGGGAUUACUGAUCGAAGAUACAGGCCGUGAUGUGGAAGUUGUUUAUGAUGACGCUGACGAUGGCGAACCAGAGGAGUUGGAGGGAGACACCAGAUCUUUCUUAAUGGUCCGUCGCUUGUGUCUUACUCUGCGGGUGCCUGAUGAAUUUCCCCAACGCAAGACACUGUUUUCUUCUUGGUGUACAAUUAACGGCAAAGUCUGCACUUUUAUUAUUGACUCUGGAAGCUGUGAAAACGUGAUUGCAGAAUCUGUUGUUCCUAAGCUCAACCUCAUGGUCGAACCACACCCGUUACCUUACAAACUCGCAUGGCUCCAACAAGGCAACGAAGUUUCUGUCACUCACCGUGCUUUGGUCCAGUUUUCGAUAAAUGAUGCUUACAAGGAUCAGAUUUAUUGUGAUGUUGUUCCAAUGAACGCCUGCCAUCUUUUAUUGGGUCGACCUUGGGAAUUUGAUAGGCGUGUCAUACAUGACGGAUUUCUCAACACUUACACCUUGCGCUUCAAUAACCGCACCUUUGUUUUAAAGCCAUCUUCUCCAGACCAUACACCCACUGUUCCAAGCCCUGUCUUACUUCUGCAGCGUACUCCAUUUGAGAAAGAAUUGCGAACUGCAGGCUAUGUCUUUAUCUUUCUCUCAGUCCCUGUUAAACCUACCGAAAGUCCUCCUGUUCCACCUGCAUUUGCCCCGUUGUUACAGGAAUUCGCUGACGUGUUUCCCAGUGAUCUCCCACCUGGUCUGCCACCUCUUUGCGAUAUUCAGCAUCGUAUUGAUCUUGUUCCCGAUGCUUCACUCCCUAAUAGGCCUCAUUAUCGCAUGAGUCCCUCGGAUCAUGAAGAAUUGCGCAAACAAGUUGAAGAACUGGUUGCUAAAGGGUUUCUUCGUGAGAGUCUUAGUCCAUGUGCAGUUCCGGCAUUGCUUAUUCCCAAGAAAGAUGGUUCGUGGCGGAUGUGCGUUGAUAGUCGUGCUAUCAAUAAAAUCACAGUACGUUACCGUUUCCCAAUUCCCCGUCUUGAUGAUUUGUUUGACCAAAUCGGUACUGCGACAGUGUUUUCUAAGCUUGACCUCAAGAGUGGCUAUCACCAAAUUUGUAUUCGUCCUGGAGAUGAAUGGAAGACAGCUUUCAAAACACGUGAAGGUCUUUUCGAAUAG